GGGUUAGCCUACAGCAUGAGUGCAGAUGCUCUCCCGCACGUCAGCUGGCUUAUUAAGACUAUUUGGAAGACGAGUAAGCGGCGAGUGCAGGACGUCAUCAGUCCCAUCGUGUUUGAAGCCGCCUACAGCCUGGGCGAGCACGUGACUGGAGAGGAGGAGAGAGAACUGCCCCCUCUAACACCAGUGCUCCGGUGGAAAAAGGGACAGAAGAUUGCCCAGAAGAAUCAGACCAUCUUUGAAAGGAACUGCCGUUCAGAGGACUGUGCCGCCGACCUGCAGCUCCAGGGUCAGCUGUUGCUCUCCAGUGUUGAUGGAAAAACCCCCUAUCUAGCUUUGGGGGCUGUGAAGAAUAUCUCCCUAAACAUCUCCAUCUCAAACCUUGGGGAUGAUGCCUAUGAUGCCAACGUGUCCUUCAAUGUUUCCCGGGAGCUCUUCUUCAUCAACAUGUGGCAGAAGGAGGAAAUGGGCAUUUCCUGUGAACUGCUCGAAUCAGACUUCCUCAAAUGCAGCGUGGGAUUUCCUUUCAUGAGGUCAAAAUCGAAGUACGAAUUCAGCGUGAUCUUUGACACAAGCCACCUGUCUGGGGAAGAGGAAGUCCUUAGCUUCAUCAUUACUGCUCAGAGUGGCAACGUGGAACGCUCUGAGUCCCUGCAUGACAACAGCCUCAUGCUGACCGUGCCGCUGAUGCAUGAAGUGGACUCAUCCAUCACUGCCUUUGAAAACACAGGGCAAAGCUUUAGCUACCAGCUCAUGCCCUCCUCCCGCCUUGUUUUCUCCCCUUUCCCAGCUACCCACCCACCUGCUGGGUGGCACAAGAAGUUUGAUGACAAGGCUAAGCCCCAGAAUGUCUUUGAGCAUUCUGUGAGCCAAGAGAAGGGAAACUGUUCUUUCCAGAAAAACCCAACCCCCUGCAUCAUCCCUCAAGAGCAAGAAAAUAUCUUCCAUACAAUAUUUGCCUUUUUCACAAAGUCGGGAAGAAAAGUCUUGGACUGUGAAAAACUAGGAAUUUCUUGCCUAACAAUGCACUGUAACCUUAGUGCGCUUGCUAAAGAAGAAAGUCGUACUAUAGACAUUUACAUGCUGCUGAACACAGAAAUAUUGAAGAAGGACAGUUCAUCUGUCAUCCAGUUUAUGACCCGCGCGAAGGUCAAGGUCGACUCUGCCCUGAGGGUGGUGGAGAUAGCCAAUGGGAACCCAGAAGAGAUAAUGGUGGUCUUCGAAGCCUUGCACAAUCUGGAGCCCCGGGGCUAUGUGGUGGGGUGGAUCAUUGCCAUAAGUUUGCUGGUGGGAGUCCUCAUCUUCCUGCUGCUGGCUGUACUGCUCUGGAAGAUGGGCUUCUUUCGCCGAAGGUACAAAGAAAUCAUUGAAGCUGAGAAAAACCGGAAAGAGAACGCAGAUGGUUGGGACUGGGUCCAGAAAAACCAGUGACCUGCCCCACCAGUCACGUGACCCCACCAUCCGCCUGGCGUCCUUGAUCUUUGUAUCUUCCAUAUUUGGAAGAAAGAAUCUUCUCCAGAUUUUCCGGAGGCCCCGCUGACGCUGUCCUCUUCCUCAUGUUACCAAGCCCAGGAGCCCACCUGAGGCAGCCACUCUGGCCAGGUCACAUGACUGGAGCCACCACCCAUUUCCUUUUAGAGAUGAGCCCCAAACUUUGGAAAGCAAGCUACAGAGCUGAGCGAUAUUUAUGGCUGCAACCUGCGUGGUCGACCCUCAGGGGAAAACUGUUACCUAAAAGUAUUUUUAUAAAUAUAAGCCUUUUAUACUGAUUAUGUCUUUAUAUUUGUAUCAAUGUCUUAUUAUGUCUAUUAAAUAGUUAUAUAAUUCACUCAAGCACUGAUAUCUGGCCUGAAAGCUUGAGCGUACAUGUGCAUUCAUACAAAUUUUAAAGAGUAAAAACCUGAUCGUACUUUGGAACUUGCUGUUAACAGAGACUUGUGGAUAAAAUAAUCUGAAGAAACCUCGUGGGAUGAAUCCACCAAGCUGGCGGUGCUGCGUAUAAACUGUGGUGGUGGCGAGACCCCUAAAACAAUUCGCAUCUUCAUCGCCUGGAGUCAAGUUCGAAGUAAAGUGUUAAAGAACUCGAAGUGGUUUUUCAUAUGUACCUGUCAUUGGAAGAUUUCCAGCAGGAGUUUGGAUGGAAAAACCUGACGCUGGCACAGGUGUGGUCUGCAUCACCUAUAUAGCAGACAUCCUACCCUCCUUCCACUUGGAUUAAUAGAUGACAGCUUGGAGCAAGGCCAUUUGGUCAUCUGGUAAACCUUAGAAUGGCGUCUCAUCCUGGACAUCAUGUGUCAGAGUCCACACACCACAGGGACUAAAUCGGUGCCCAGCGAGCAAAGACUUGUGUCUGAAUGCUGUGAUGCGUUGCCUUUUCAUCGAGUUCAGAGGUCUCCACUUCCCCUACCCUUCUUGCUGUCCCAGCCAAUGGUGACUGCAGAUCCCUUCCCAGAGAUGACCAUUCAACCUAUCCUUCGUUUUUAAAAUACUGUCUUAAGUGGGGUUCCCAAAAAGCAGACUCUGAUACAGGGAUUUGCAUGCAAGUAACUGAUUAAGGGCAUGUCCCGUGCCCGAGACACAGCAGUAGGGGUGUGAGGGAGGCAGGACAGGGAAGGGAAAAAAGCCAGGGAAGUGUGCCAUUUCAGAGGACAUCCCAUGGAGGGCAGCUUCAGCCUGAGCCUACGAGGAGCUCUGGAGGGCAAGUUAGGUCUCAGAGUUGUCCCAGCCUGAGGCAAGGGAGCUGAGCUUCCGAAUUCUUGCACCCAGGGGAGGUGUAAACUUCCCACUCUCGGUUCCUGCUGGCAGACUGGCUCUGAUAGCCCAAAGGUGGUCCUCUAAAGGAGAGCUGGAAGUGCACCCCCAGCCAGGACAGGGGGGGCUGUCCAGAAACGAUGAGAAAGAAAUGAUGCACAGGGAUCUGGGCAGAGCACUGACAUCUGCUCUGCCCCCUGCGUGUGCGAAUGCUGAGUUGUGGCCUUCAGUUCCAGUCUCCCCGUUUGACAGUGUUUAUUAUCAGACGCACCGCUGCCUGGUUUUGAGUACAAUGUGAUUUUCUUAAAGGGCAAUGAGAUGAUGGGUGUGGUGUGCUCAGCACUGCACCUGGCCCAUCGUGAACACUCAGUGACUGAGGCAGCUCUGGCCGCCAUCCCCGAGAACCAUCUGCUGAGAGAAAAAACAUGUGGCCAAGAACAGGGUCUGACAAAGAGUCUUUACUGGCUGAUUAUGGCCCACUGAUGCCCCAGGUACCUAACAGAUGGCAUCAGAUGGGAACAAAACAAGACAUAAGAUGAAGGAUCUUUCUCCUAGGGCCUUGUUUGCUGGAAACUAACAUGUUGGGGGUCUGUGGACACUGUCGCAAAGACACAGAACUCCGCUUCAGAGGAGACAGGUGUUCUGUGCACGGACUUGGCUAAUAUUUGCAAAGACAUCUCAAGUUGGGGCAGAAUCAUGAGGAUGCUGGGCAGCUGUGAACCCGGCAUGGAACAUAAGUGUCUUUUCAUGUCUCAUUAUGCAGUUGAGUCUGAUGCAGGAAGACGGUGUAUGUAUCACGUGUCCCCUCGUGGUGAAUAUGGGAAUAGACGACCAAGCCAGAGGGUCCAUGGCAUGAACGAGGCUGCUCUUAGAAUGAAGUCAGAGAUGUUGCUUCUAACGGAGGGAUGGAGGCACAGAGGUAACUACUGGGUGGAUGCAGGCAAAGAAGCCCGUUCUCAGAGUUCUCCUGGGACUUUUAUCAAAAGUAGUAAAGGCAGCUUUGAGUGGGUCUUAGUCACUCAUUUCAAGGAUACUUAUGGGGCCCCUGCAGUGCAUCAGGAGCAACGCUAGGUGCUGCAAGGUACCCCAAGAACACCACAGGCACAUUUGGCCUGGAGAGCCAAACCUCCCUGCAAGAGGAGUGUACAGUGUGGACUCCUAUAUGAGACUGCACGUGUAGCUUUCCUUUGAUGGAUUCUUGUUCACCAUGUCAUGCUGCCCUUUAAUAAACCAUUGAAGAUUCUUGGGUGGUAGGCCUGGGUCAGCUCCAUCAGCAGCUUUGGACAAAUUCAUCUAUAGCCACUAACCAGCUUCCCGCGAGGGGUGUAGACACGUUGGCGGUGGUGUAGGGGGAUGACUCACCCUGCUCCUGUGGGCAGUCUCAGAGCCAGGAUCUCUUUGCCUCUGGUCGAUUCCAAAUGGUAGACCCACAUGAGUCGUCAUAUACUCAGGAGAUCACUACGACUUCAUAAGACAGUUUUUUAAAACAAUUGGCCUUGGCAUCACCAGGAGCAAACACUAGCAGCCACUCCAAGAGUCUAUCUGGGGAAGGCUGGUGCCUCUGCGUGUCCGAUGGGGCCAAGUAGCAGGUGGGGCAACAGGGGGCCGUUUAACACAGUGAUAAAGAAGCCAAGCACACUGUGAGCCCACUCUCAGCUGGGCAUCUUACCAGCUCCACCCCAGCUCAGAAGUUCUCAAUCGGCUCUCAGGGGAAGCAGACAGGGUGAAUGGCAUCUGUGUGUUACGCCUCCAGAAUAUUCUUUUAAAAGUCCACAGUGCAUUCCAGUUUCUAACCUUCCUGCUCGUAUGAGUUCACUGUGGAAUCCUAUCAGAUAUUCUCUCUCACAGCUGCUGCAGCUUUUAGUUAUAGAUUCAGUAUGGUUUUCACUGUCAGAAAUAUGGAGACACUUUUCAAGUAUGAAAAAGGACCCUUUAAAAUUUGAGGAAAAUCAUGCCCUCUGUUCAAAAAUGAUUUGCUUAUGCUUCAUUGAUAUGGGACUCAUGAGUUGGGAACAUCCCCACUAUGAGUCCUAGACCUGUCACCAAGAAGAGGCCAUGAAUUUUAGGAACAAGGAGACACUAGGAGAAGGGAGUGGGUCCACUGGCUUUAUGGGGACUGACAGGCACACAUCAGGAAUCAGCUCUCUCAGUCAGCACUUCAGGAAAAUCCCAUCACCAGGAGGAUUCCGAAGUCUGGGAAAUGUAGAAAAUCCAGUAGUCCUCCUUCACCAAGUCACACAUAGCCUACCGUCUUUGAGCCAAAGACAAGGGGGUUAAAAGCAAACAGAAAACUAGCAGGAACAUCUGGGACCUGUUUUCAAUGCGGAAAUAGUUGCCUUUCUCCCCCAAGUGAUACGUAUGCUUCAUGCUACCUGUUAAAACCCUAGCAGGGUCAGUUUGUAAAGGUUAUUCAACUAUUUUUAUUUUUGGAAAAGGCAUUAUGGCCAGGGGAAUGCAGUUACACAUAGGUCACAUCGGAAAUGUGCAUCAGGUGAAACCUACAUAGGCCUGACUUCUGGGAAUUUAGAGGCGCUGCAAAAGGACGGUCAUGGGGGGAAAGGGCCCUGAGCAGACAGAAGGCAGAAAGUGUCAUUUCAGAAAUGCUCCAAUGGACAGGGGUUUCGGCGAUGUGUUGUUCUGCUAUAUAGAGUGGUGGUAUGCACAGUGGAGAAUAUUUUCUAAAAUGAAGAAUGGCUGAAGGGAGGAUACAGAGCCAGUAGGGCCAAGAUGAACCUUCUAGAAUGUCUUCCGAUUUUCAGCACACUGGGGGGAUAAUGAACAAAUUUCCCAUGUGGUGCAAUGCUUUAUAGCACAAUGAUCUAGAUUUCAGACUUUGUUAAGGUUUUUUUAAAAAAAAUUCUAAUGUGCACGGUGUGACAGGCAGAGUUUAAACGCUUUAAGAGUGAUUAAUUGCAUGGCAGACACCCACGCUAACUUCACUUCCAGAACCUGACUGAUGCAUCCAUGUACAUUUCCGUUGAGGGAUUUUGUGGGAAGGGUGCUCCUCCUCCUUACGAAGUCACGUGUAUUAAAGUCUACGCAGUCACUUCUAAUUUACUUGCACUGUUUGGGAAAUGCAGGUUUACAAAAAUACACAUUUGGAAUAAAAAAAAUGGCUGCAAAUGA